UCUUUAUUGAUUUGUGUUAUGAAUGCUUGAUGGUGAUAUCCUUAUUCAAUUUCAAAUAAGUAGCACAAACGCCCACCAAAGCGCUCGCAGGGCCGGAGAAACAGCCUAUGACAUGUAGCUACAUUUCCGUUUGCAGGAAUAUGAGCAGCCCGAGAGCAAUAAUUCCUUCUCCUCCACUUGUCUUUGUGGUGUAAUUUGUCACUAUAAAAGUGACGAGAGGAAUCGCAGCUCUUGGAGCGGUGCCUCACUCGUUUCAGAAGCCCACUGUCUAUGAAAACUGUCAGCUUGUGAGUGCUGCGUGAACGGUUUCAAACGUAUUGCUCCCUCCAUAAAUAUUUAGGAUUUUAUUUUUCCUUUUUUUUCUGUCGUCCUGAGCCUAUUUUUUACGCACGGCGGUGAAUGAACAGAAGCUCUCUGACUUUUAACCUUCUCCUCAGGGGCAAAUUAGAAAGAGGAGCGCGUCAGCACUUCAAUCUGGAACAAAGGAGCAAAUAAUUAAACAAAGUGAGGAGUUUUCUUUAUAUAAAAAAGCAAAGUUUGCUAAAAAAAAAACAACAAAAAAAAGAAUUCUCUAGAAUUUUUCUCCCACUCAACCUCCCAUGCACGCCGCCCGAGUGUUUUCUGAUUGUGUCAUUACAUUUUUCUCCUGUAGCCGGAGCAGCAGGGACGCUCGGGCCUGUGGCCGUGUUUACAGCCCAGGGAGGAUAAAUGAGCCAUAAAUCUAUUUCAGUUUUUUUGUCUUUCUGGCUGCAUAAGACAUUACCAUGCAGAGGGAUCCCCCGCAUGCUGCCGGCUCUCCUCUUCCACUCUUGCACGCUGCGUGUCCUCCGCUUUUCCCCUUUUGGUGAGAGGACUUCAGCCCAUUUAUUACACGCUGCUCCUGGUGGGAUUUUCCCGAACGCCGCUUUGAUCUGCAGACGUUUCUUAUCCAAUCGCUCCUGUGCGUCAGAGCUAUAUCAGGCGCAGAAAUGCGGGUGAAUUCUGCGUAUGUGCUAAAACAGUCAAUUCUUCAAAAGAAAAAAAAGUAGGUUAAUGAUUAAACCGUUAAUAGAAGCCCUUUAUGUCCUAUAGAAAUGGAAAUGCAGCAUGCCCAGAUCCUUUUUUCCUUGUCAGAAUUCCAAACCUGGUGCUACAAUUCCUAUCUGAGAUUAAGAAUAAAUAACAACAUUUCCAACAUAGGGGUGAAGAAUUUGUAAGAAUAUACUAUUUCAAUUUUUUUCUUCUAAAUGCACUACCUCAUUUGGUUGGGGGAGGAGGAGAGGCAACCGCUUGAUUUGUACUGGCUUUCCAAGGCGCGACUUCAUUUGCAUAAUUUUUCUUGUCUAUGGUGACGCUCUGGUUCUGGGCAGUUCACUGGUGUCUGCAUGGUACUGGUGAAGGAUCUCAUAGUCAAGCAUCGCCUUGGCUGACGUUAAUAUUGCUAUGAAGCACUGUCCACUGCUCCAUAGCAUGACGAUACAUUCAGUCUUCAGGCCAGAUAAAUCUUAUCUCGCUGACCCGACUGCUCACGCCUGCUUUCGUAAUCUCGCUUUACCCAUCCACGUCGAGUAAGGAAAAGGAAACCAGGAAAAGGGCUUCUCUUGGCUCUUUCCUUUUUUUCUUUCUUUUUUUCUGUUGUUGUGGCUGCUAAUGUCUGGUAUGGCAAACACGGAGAGGUCUACUACUGUUCCUCCACCCAGAGAGCCCUGCCUUUAAACUUUUCUCUGGAUUACGCCUUUGAUCGAUUUCGUCGCUGAAUGAGAAAGUAUUGCACGGUGCUUUGCAUUCAUCGUGAGAGGAUAAGGUUCACCCAGGGAAGCCAUUGGAGGAGAGGCGUCACGUGACCACGGGGUGCCAAUGUUAUUCUACAAGGGUGUCAAGACCCUGUCAGUUUCUGAAAUAAAUAUUGGGAAACGGCGAGAUGCAAAAGGCAACCUACUACGACAGCUCUGCAAUUUACAGUGGCUACCCAUAUCAAAGCGCAAAUGGCUUCAGUUAUGAUGCCAAUCAGGUUCAAUAUCCCCGGGCCUCUCAUGUGGAAAGUGAGUACCAUCGACCCGCCUGCUCCCUGCAGACUCCCGGCGGCUCUGUAGCUCUUCAAAAGCCGGGGGAGAUGGCGGAGGGCUGCGACAGGACCACAUCCAUUCAAGCUGCGCAGUCCAAGGUGAUUCCCGAAAACAAUCAGGUACCGGUGUCGGGCCCACCCCCUUCCUCACAGUCUCCCGGUGCUAUCAGCCAAAACGCAAGCAACGGGUCCAGCCAGCCCGGUGCCAAGAACGCCUCACCGACGUCAGGCGCGCGCAGCAAACAGAUCUUCCCAUGGAUGAAGGAGUGCCGUCAGAACACCAAGCAGAAACCCGCCAGCAGCUCCAGUUCAGUGGAGAGUUGCCCCGGAGACAAGAGUCCUCCGGGGUCGGCAGCAUCAAAGAGGGCCCGGACAGCUUACACCAGCGCUCAGCUCGUGGAGCUUGAGAAGGAGUUCCACUUCAACCGGUACCUCUGCAGACCCCGCAGGGUGGAGAUGGCCAAUUUGCUCAACCUCACAGAGAGACAGAUCAAAAUCUGGUUUCAGAACCGCAGGAUGAAAUACAAAAAGGAUCAGAAAGGUGUCGGAAUGAUGUCUUCUCCGGGUGGACAGUCCCCACGAAGUCCGGUGGGCCCGGCUUCUGGUGGAGGCGGUGGUGGAGGCGGAUACCUCAACUCUAUGCAUUCUCUUGUAAACAGUGUACCAUACGAGUCCCAGUCGCCAACUUCUUACAGUAAACCUCACCAAAAUGCGUACGCCAUGCCAACGUCAUAUCCACCGCCUUUGAACAACUCCCUGAACAACUGCCCACCCUCUCAGAAGAGAUACCCCGGGACAGAUUCGGCCACGCCCGAGUAUGACGCACAUCCUCUCCAAGGCAGUGGCAGCUAUGGGACGCACAUGCAAGGCAGCCCCGUUUAUGUUGGCGGAGGUUACAUCGAUUCGAUGCCCAGCUCAGGGGCGUCUGUUUUCGGUCUCACCCAUCUCUCACAUCCACCGUCCGCAAACAUGGAGUACAAUGGAGCAAUCACAAUGGGUAACAGUCAGCAUCACGGAGUGUGUGAUCCCACACCGACUUACACAGACCUGACGCCGCACUACUCUCAGGGAAGAAUCCAGGAAGCGCCCAAACUGACGCAUCUGUAGCAGUGGCGCAGCCUGGAUCACUCCGCCCAUUGUUCCAUCCACCUCCAGGCAUAUCCCUGCUUUGUUUCUGCGCCUCCUCAAGGCUCCCACCUUCUCUCCUGCCUUUGUUUAUGUUCAUCUAUAGUUUGAUGUGUGAAGUAGCGUAGGAUAAAUAAUCACGACUUGCUUGAAUUUUCCUCUAUUUGCUUGUGUCAUUGUCUCACAAAGACGUUGAUCUAGAGUGUCUAGAACGGGAGGGAGGGGGUGCAUACUGCAUAGCCUAUGCAAAGGCCUAUUUAAUCUUUUAUUUUGAAGACUUGUUUUAAACAUCGAAGCUCAAACAGGGUAUUUUUGAAUUUCAAUGUGAAGGUGUCCGUUUUUAUUUAUCCGCAGUUGAAGAAUUGUGUUUUGUUGCAUUUUGUUGCACUUUUGUGUUAAAAACCUCAAGAACCACGAGCUGUGAUUGUGAGGGAAAUUCAAAAACAAGGGUUUUUUGGCUUACACGCAGCCCACCCCCUUGAUUAUGUUUUUGUUCUGUUCCAAAUGUUAUUUAUUUUGUUCGGCUUAAAAGAUAAAAUGACUAAAGACUCGGUUUUUUUUAGUAUUAUUUCAGCCCAUCUCCCAGUUGUGUGAGGGGAGAAGGUUGGUGCAAAGAGCUCGAUCCUUUUUAGCCCGAAAACGCAGAGGAAGCAGCAGUCAACCGUAUUUCUGUUUCUGUUUCUCUGCUACGAGGAGGUUUUUAUUUUCUCUGGCGAAUGUAAUUUCAGCUUUUCAUGCAAAUCAGUUGCAAAGAAGGAAACAUUAAGGUAGUUUUUAAACGUUUUUAUUUUUUAAUAUUAAAGAAAACACAAACCAUCUUUUUCGAUGUCAAACAUUCCAUGCUGCUCCAGUCCGAAGAAAUAAAUAAAAUAAAUGAAUUAAAUGAAA